AAGUUCUUCAGAAUGCAUCGAACAGUAUGCCUCGGAAGCAGGAUAUAUCGGCAUACAUGUGCUCCUGCAAGACUCACGGGGUGUACAUCCCUCUGCGUGAGUUUCUCUUCAAGCCCCGCAGUUGGGCUCGCGCAAACGCCGACGAAGCCGAACACAAAAGUGCCUUCCCAACACCGACGACGUCGGACCCGCGAGCCCGAAGAUGAAGCGCCCAAGAUACCACGUUAUCGUGUGGUUAAAAUAAAUCUCGACCGUCUUCGGCAUCUCUCCGGUUGGGAGAAAAUCGAGCUUUUGCGGGAUCUAUUGAAGACGAAACAACCGGAGGAAGCCGUUCGUGUUUACACUGUUCUCAAAGAAAAUGACUUGGUCGCUCGUCUAAAAUAUCAAGACUAUCACGAACUAUUCCAUCUUCUCCUUGCAGACUCACUCCUAUACCGCGAUGUCAUUCUAGACGUGCUAUCCAACCUGCGUCGUUUUGGGUACUCUCCAUCCCCCCUCAUGUUCACCGCCCUUCUACAGUGCUGCACAAAAUGGCGAGAUCUAGAACUUGCUUCUCGCGCAUACGAGGAAAUGCUUGAACGAAAAUUGCCAGUAACUGUUGAGGCAUAUAAUGCGCUACUGGAGUUGCAUGGGAUGCCUCGGGGUAUAGGUCAACUACAGCGGGGUGCAGAACUCUGGAGGGAUAUGCUUCACCGAGGGGUGCGACCCAAUUUGGAAUCCUAUUUGAGGGCCUUGGAGAUUUUCGGCAGACUUGGUCAACUGGAAACAAUCAAGACGAUGUACCAGACGGCGUUGGAUAAUCUGGAUUUGAGGGAUUUGACGAAGGGAAGUGAGGGACGUGCUCAAAACCUCCGAAAGGAGCAUAUAGGGCAUGACCCUAAGUUGCAAUUGGAUAAUGCUUUCCUUUCUGCCCUGGUGAAUGCUGAGGCUUUCGGCGAAGCUCAAAAGUUCUUUGGCAGCUACCUAGAGCCGGGCGGGGCACUCGCGGGAGAAGGAAAUCGUUCAUCAAGACAUUUGUUGCGUACCUACACCAUUUUAUUGAAAAUGUGCGUCGGCAAGAAUGACCCUUCUACUGCAGAUUAUUAUUGGAAAGAGUUACAUCAGCGGGGCUUCCGCCCAAAUGUUGUAAUGUAUGGGCAGAUGAUCACGAUUCAUGGCAGAGCAGGAAAUCUGCAACGCGCGAGGGAGAUGUUUGAAACCGCUCAAGAACGCCUCUCUGCCACACCUGGGAGUGGAAAGCUCAUGAAGCUGCGGACUUCACUUUUGAUUGCUUACACAAAUGCAAGUGAAGUAGCGGAGGCGGAGGCUCUUUUCGAGGCCAUCAGAAGGGACUGUCAGGAAAAGGGCAAGCCGGUACUGCGCAGCGCUGUGCAAGGCAUGAUAAAAAUGUACCUCGAUGUAAAGGAUCUCGAGAAAGCUUUGCGAGUGUGGGAGCGGUCAUAUCGGCAGGGUAGAUCAGAAACGUCAGAUCUCUCGCCAAGUGAUGGGAACCACGAGGGCCUCGAAGAAGGUUUGGCGAAAAAUCUUACAAGAGAAGAUAUCAUUGCUCAGUAUCAGCAAUUGCAUCCCGAUGGAUGAGCUACGACCACAGAAUGCUCUGCCGUAUCUUAUCCUGUACAACGCGGCAAAUUCCGAUCGAAAUACUGACAAUAUACUAUUAUUGCCCUAACAGCCUUGUGACUUGUUCACUAGUGCUAGCUCAAUUCUGGUUAAUUAUUCUACGUGAGAGAGUCGCCGCGAAGCGUUUCGCAGAACUCAAUGUAAUAUAGUUCAUAUUUUGCAAUAUCAGCGCAUGAUAUAAAUAUGCAAACAGAAAAUUAUGGACAUGAAAUGAUAUCGAG